UCUGGGAGCUUCUGUUGAAAAUGACAUAAUCCACGGUAUCGAUUGGCGAUAUCGAUGGUUCUUAUCGGGCAGAUGAUGGAUCGUUCACCACUUUGCCCUUCCGUCGCGUCUCGCCUCGACCAAGAUCCUGCACACAAGUCAUACGAACCCUUCCGCCCGCCUCAAGCAACCAGCUUCAAAUUCUUGAUCAUUCCUAAAACCGUUAAAAAACCGUCAAAUUCAGCUGACUUGUUAUCCCUUCCCAUACCGUCACCGGGACUUCACAAUGGCGGACAUCGAGCAACCACCAACAGCACCAACAGCACCCGAACCCACAACAGCGACCCCAACCGCCCCCAUUGCUCCAGUCGCAAUCUUCAAGAAGCGCGGCGCAAAGGGCAAAGCAAACCUGCGCAAACGUCCAGCCUCUCCUCCACCCGCAGCAAAAGACAGCGAUGACGACUCGUCCGACUUCGAGUCCUCCGAGGACGAAGCAACAGGCCAGCGCAUCAAGCGGAGGAAAAAGAACCACCACAGCGCAGCCGUCAUGGCCUCGUCGCGAGACCACAACGCCAGCACUAACAGUGGGGUGACAAAAGAGGAGCAGAUUCGGAGCAACACUAUCUACGAAGCCGACCGGGACGCUGCGUCAAGGCUGGACGCGACAAAGCAGGAUGCUACGAAGGGGAGCAACUGGUUUGACGAGGACAACGAGAAGGAGGAUUUGUCGGUGGGCAAUCUGUUGGGGAGGACGCGGACCAUGAUGAAGACUAAGAAGAGAGUGGGAGGAGAGGAUGAUGCCCAGAACUCGGAGCGAGAACCGGACGGGACAUACAGAGGCCUGGCGAACCAGGCGAGUUACAUACAAAAGAAUCCGAACGCACCGAAUCGCAAGGUUGGGCCGAUCAAGGCACCGAGUAAUAUCAGGACGAUUACUAUUACUGAUAUGGCGCCCGAUGUUUGUAAGGACUACAAACAAACCGGCUUCUGCGGCUUCGGCGACAACUGCAAAUUCCUCCACGCUCGCGAAGACUACGCACACGGGUGGCAACUCGACAAGGAAUGGGAGAACGUGACCAAGGGCAAAAAGAACCUCCAGGGCACCGUCGUCGCCAGCGCCGACCGCCGUGAUAAACCCAAGAACACUGCUGAAGAAGAAGAAGACGCCGAAGCAGCCGAAGAAGCCCUCCUAGAAAACAUCCCCUUUGCGUGCAUUAUCUGCCGCGGUCCCUAUUCGAAUUCCCCCGUCGUCACACGCUGCGGUCAUUAUUUCUGCGAGGGAUGUGCGCUGAAAAGGUACCGGAAAGAUCCGAGCUGUGCGGCGUGUGGGAGUGGGACGAACGGGGUCUUUAAUGCGGCGAAGAGGCUGGCGAAGCUGUUGGAGAAGAAGAAAGCGAGGGCAGAGAGGUUGAAGAGGGAGGCGAGGGAGAGGGGAGAGGAGGUUAGUGAGGAGGAGGAUGAAGGGGAGGGUGAGGAGGGGAGUGAUUGA